AAAGCCGGCCACGACCCGGCCUUUAUGCGCCCUACCAACUCGCACUCGUCACCGGUCUGCGGUUGCGGCUUCUCCGUAUCUUCCUCUCUUAAGUCUCAGCCGCGGGGAAGAAGCUGCCUACCCCUCCAAGAUAUUGUUAGUCAAGAAUUCAAAUCUCGAUACUAAUUGAAAUUUCCGUGACAUGGCUCCUGCCCAAGCGUUAGUUGGUAUUGAUGAAGAAAGAAAACCAGAUAUUGUUGUUAAAUCUGAAGCGGAGGACGAAAAUGGAGAAAAAGUGAUGAUGAAUGACGCAACGGGCUUGGUGUGCAUGAAUAACUUCGAAGACAAUGGAUUUUAUGCUGAGUCCUCAUUUAACCUGAGAAAGGUGGAUGAUAGCAUGGAUCAGGAAGUGGAAAUUCUUGAUUGGGAUGAUGGUGUUGCCAUUGAGAAGGUUAAAGCUGAAGACCCUGAUGCCACGGAUUACUCGAGCUCAUUUGGGGGCACGUUCUCGGGGUGUGAUGAUGAGUCAAAGCUGAGUGAUGCUGAAGUGGACUCAGGGUUUGGGGUAAUGAAUAGUGAUCCUGCUGUUUUUGAUGGGUUUGACAGGGUUUUUAAGAAGAAAAAGGUAACUGCUCAUUGGAGAAAAUUCAUCAGCCCUCUGACAUGGAGGUGCCAGUGGUUAGAAUUACAGAUGAAGGUACUGCGGACGCAAGCAUUAAAAUAUGAUAAAGUUCUUGCAGCAUACAAGCAUGAAAAAGAGUUGCAGUUAAAAAUGGUUGAGCUGGAUGGUUCUGUGUCUAGAUCAGUGCCUCUGACUGGUAGAAGUCCCAAAAAACAAAUCAUGAAGAGGAGAAAAAGAAAAAGAAAUGAAGAUAUAGCUGAUAUAUCAUCAUAUAUGUUAAAACACCAUAUAUUCUCUUACUAUGACAAUAAGAAAACUGAAACGGAUGGUCACUCAGUCGAUGAUGAUGGUGCUGAACAAGCAGAUGAGAAUGUUAGAGGCACCGAGGACAGUGAGUGGUUACUUGGCAUCAAGGGUCGUGACAGUUCAUUAGAGCAAAUUCUUUUGAACAUUGAAGCUGUUCAGUCCCGAGUUCUCAAGCUGAAGACUCAUCUCAACAAGGUCAUGUGCAGAAAUGCUGCAGAGAUCGCUUCAUAUCCCGGCAAUUUGUUUCCUGGUGAUCCACCUCCUAGUUAUUCUCAAAGUCAUAGUGGUUCUCCUAGAAAUAAUGAUGGAUUGCCAGCCGGAGCUAUAGGUACUCCACCCCACCAUGUAUCUGAAUAUGAGAUGGAAGAUAUGGUAAUGCCCGGAAGUGCAGUUUCGAGCUAUGGAGAUGCUGCUGAUGUGGAUAUCAUUGAAAGCACAAUGGGCCUACUUUCUGCUGCUGAUGGCCCCUUGAAUCAGCGUCAGAUCAGAGACUUGUGCAAAGACAGUGCUGAUGAUGUUCUGAUAGACAAUCAAGCAGCUGAAGAAGAGUUUCAGAAUUUUGAGAAGGUCGGUCAGCCAAGAGAGAAACCUGAAGAAUUGGUUAAAGAAGCUGAGAGCCCCUCUGAGGAGAGUAUUGCCCCCAAAGUUUCAAAGCCCGCGUCAGGUCCAGAAACAGAAAAUGCUGUCAUGCCACAACAAACAGUUCUGAAGCCCUGCUACCCAGGAAAACGCAGAGGGCGAAAGCCUAAGAGGAAGCGGCGAGGGGGUUCUAUUGCUGCUUUAAAUAAUUUGAGGAGCGAGAGGCUUCAGAAACGGAGAAUGUCAGGAAGAAAAAGUUAGCCUGUAGGUUUCUUUUAUUGUGUUUGGGAUUUCAGGUCUUGCCAUCGACUGAGGUUUGUCAGUGAGAUUGGGUAGGUCCUUUCGUUUUCUACUUUGCCCUUGUACUCCAUUAAGUGCCAAUCUUUGAGCUGAUAGCUUUGUAAAUUGGUUUGCUCGAGAACAGAAUUUAAUAGUAGACAGAUUCCGAGCCAAUUCAAUGCAGUUACAGAGUACUUACAUUAGUAACACUUACAUAUGAACACAUUUUUUUGGUUU